AUAAACGGUAAAAAAUAAACGAAUUGAACUAAUUAUUUAUAUUUCAGAAAUGUCUUUGGGCGGGUCUGGUGAAAAUUUCAAACCUUAAAUCGUAAAACGUUGGCGUCACCAAUCAUUUUUUCUCGAAAACAGUCGAAAUUUUAAAACGCUCGCUGUGCGAUUUCAAAUUUUCCGACCUUCAGCAAUUAUUUUACCGGAGUCUCGUGACCAAGUACUUUCGUUAAAAAAAAAAAAAAAGAAAUCUUGAAAAUUUGAGCACGCUAAGUUAUUUUCCCAGAAAAACAUUUAUCCUUGUUUUAUUAUAUAAUAUGAUUACAUUUGCUAUUUUGAUAACUUCAGUAAAUAAUUCACUUGUCGAUGAAUUGUGUUUCAGCCUGCUGAUGCGAAGGGACCGAAAAGUCGUUAGGUUAAAACCUUAUGGAAUGUGUCCACAUUUUCAGUCCAGACCUCCAAAUGACCACAGGCCAUCACAACAAACUCCGAAUCGUCCGAGGACAGACUUGAAACUUCUACUUCUCGUUGAAACUACUUACUCGAGACUCGGCAGAGAACUUGCAGAAACACUUGUUCACAAUAGACUGAGGUAUAAAAUGGAAAUAGCCGGAAAGUCGUUACCGGCUCUUACUUACUUAGAUAAAGGUCGUUAUUCCGUUAUCGUUUUUGAAAACUACUAUAAGUACUUAAAUAUGGACAAAUGGAAUAGAGAGCUAUUAGAUAAAUACUGCAGGGAAUACGGGGUUGGUAUAAUAGGGUUUUUCCCGCCGACAGAACGUCGAGCGGUCGGCGUACAAGUUAGAGGGUUUCCAUUAUACACGCACACGAAACUCUCACUGAGAGACGCCAUGUUGAAUUCAGCGUCGCCAGUACUAAGAAUUUCCAGAGCAGGUGGUGUAUAUCAAGGGCCUUUACCCGGCGAUGAUUGGACCGUUUUUGGUGCCAACGAUACAACUUACGAACCUGUUGCAUGGGGUAGCAAUGACUCGUUCAGUUCGCAGAGCGAAUACAUUCCUCUGGCUACUGUCAUACAAGACCACGGUAUGUACGACGGAAUAUCCAGGGUAUUAUUUGGUUCAGGAUUGAGGUUCUGGCUGCAUCGGUUGCUUUUGUUAGAUUCGUUAUCGUACUUAAGCAAGGGACUGUUGAGCAUAUCGCUUGAGCGCCAAGUACUGGUCGAUAUUGAUGAUAUAUUUGUCGGCGAAACUGGUAUUAGAAUGUGGAAAGAAGAUGUGCACGAUUUAAUCCAGACACAAGAGCGAAUAAGUAAAUUAGUACCAGGGUUUAAAUUUAAUUUAGGAUUUUCUGGCAAAUACUUUCAUAAAGGAACGUGGGAAGAAAACGAAGGCGACGACACGAUUUUGGAACAUGUUGACAAGUUCAAUUGGUUCUGCCAUAUGUGGAAUCACAUGCAACCACAUUUAUACAAUAAUGAGACUCAAUUAGAAUAUGAAAUGACAUUAAAUAAAUUGUUUGCUGAAGCCAACAAUAUUCCAACUAAUUCCAGUUAUUCAGUAGCACCCCAUCAUUCUGGUGUAUAUCCUGUUCAUGAACUUCUGUAUACCGUUUGGAAAAAAGUAUGGAAUAUCAAAGUGACAUCAACUGAAGAAUAUCCUCAUUUAAGGCCUGCUAGGUUAAGAAGAGGAUUUAUUCAUCGAGGAAUAAAAGUACUUCCUAGACAAACUUGUGGUUUAUUUACGCACACAAUAUAUGUUGAUCGUUAUCCUGGUGGCCGAAAAAAAUUAGAUGAAUCAAUUAUGGGAGGAGAACUAUUUCAAACUAUUGUUUAUAACCCUAUUAAUGUUUUUAUGAGUCAUAUGUCAAAUUAUGGAAGUGAUCGAUUAGCCUUGUACACAUUUGAAUCAGUGUUUCAAUUUAUCAGGUGUUGGACUAAUCUUAAGCUGCAAUCAUCUGGACCACUUCAACUAGCUGAAAAGUAUUUUAAAAUGUAUCCUGAGGAAGUUGAUCCAGUAUGGGGUAACCCUUGCUUAGAUCAAAGGCACCUUAAAAUCUGGUCAUACAAAAAGUCUUGCCAGCGUCUACCAAAAUUUCUUGUAAUAGGACCUCAAAAGACUGGUACUACAGCUCUGUAUACUUUUUUAUCAAUGCACCCUAACAUAUCUGCUAAUACACCAAGCAAAGAAACUUUUGAAGAAAUUCAAUUUUUUAAUGGUCGAAAUUAUUAUAAAGGAUUAGAUUGGUAUAUGGAAUUUUUUAAGUCAAAUGAUACAAUUGAAAAUAAAAUUGUUUUUGAAAAAUCUGCAACCUAUUUUGACUCCGAUAUUGUACCCAAACGAGUACAAGCACUAUUGCCAAAUGUAAAAUUAAUCACUAUAUUAGUAUCUCCAGCUAAAAGAGCAUAUAGUUGGUAUCAACAUGCAAAGGCUCAUGGUGAUCCAACAACUCUCAAAUAUUCUUUUCAUGAAAUCAUAACAGCUAAUGAAACAGUUGCUCCAAAAUCUCUUAGAGAUCUUCGAAAUAGAUGUUUAAACCCAGGAAAGUAUGCAUUACACAUUGAGCGUUGGCUUGAUUUCUUUCAUCACAACAAUUUACAUAUAAUUGAUGGUGAACAACUCAAAUCAAAUCCUGUAGAUAUUUUAGAACAAUUACAAAAAUUUCUUAAGGUGUCACCUAUGUUUGACUAUUCUUCACACAUCAGGUAUGAUGUAAAAAAACAUUUUUUUUGUAAAGUGUUGGACCAAGGUGGAAAUAAAUGUUUGGGUAAAGGAAAAGGUCGACAAUAUCCUCCAAUGGAUGCUAAUUCGUACAAGUAUCUUAGAGAAUAUUAUAUGCCAUAUAAUACUGCUCUUGUGAAACUCCUACGUAAAUUAGAACAUAAAACUAUUCCACAAUGGCUUAAAGAAGACUUAAGUUAUUCAUCAACCUGACAUUUGCUUCGUGGUAGAAAGAAGAAAUACCAGCGAUUACUGGCAGAUACUUAUUCUACCACGAAUAACUAACUUAUCAAGACUAUGUUAUAUAUUGACUUACUAUGCCAUAUUAAUUUAAGUAUUAUUAUAAAUUCUAUAACCAUGAAAAUUUAUGGUACACACAUUUGUAUGUCAUAUCUUACCGUUUUGUUUUUAAACCAUGUUGAUAAUUUAAAAGAAAAACAUAGAUUUUUUCUGUUGUAAAUAUAUACACAUGUAUAUAAAUUUAUAUAUAUAAUUAUAUAGAUUUAUAAGUAAUACUUUGUAGACCGUCCAAGUGAGUAAUUGUUGAAUAAUGUUGAUUUAAAAUUUUAAAUAAUAUUCCUAUGUCAAUUCUUUAUUUAGAAUAUCUAAAAAUAUAGACAAUUUUUUACUACAGUUUUGAUUUAUAUAUUUUUAACUUCUAAAUUGAAUUCUUUAAAAUAACAUUAAUAUAAAUCAUCUGUUUUCUGAGACUACAGUAUGUAAUAUCCAAUAUUUUGUUGUGUUAAUUUAAAUAUAUUAAAAUAUUAUUUUGAAUACA